AUGGAGACCAGAAGACCAAGUAUGAGAAAGACCCGGUUGAGGACUCAAAACGAUAUCAAUGAAUGGGUCGCAUCAAAUAGGACUCCUCUCUACGCACUCCCACUCGCCACCGAAGAGGAAGAGGAACUUCACGUACAUUUUGUGGACCGAAAAGCUGAGGAUACAUUAUCAACAUCGGAAACCACUUCAUCGGAGGAUUCCGAUGAAGUACAGCCGAUUGCUUUGGAUGGCGGAUAUGGAUGGGUGAUUGUUCUCCUCAGCUUUUGCAUUCAUCUCAUUUGUGACGGGCUUUCGUUCAGCUUUGGAAUCAUUUUCCCCGAUAUUCAAAAGACUUUUGAUAGUUCUAAAUUUGGAGCCUCAAUUGUUGCGUCUUUCUAUUUGGCGAUUCCUCUAUUGGCCGGGCCGAUCGCUGGGACUCUGACUGAUAUUUAUGAUUGCAGAGCCACAACGAUUCUCGGAGGCGCGAUCGCAACAUUCGGAGUAACAAUGGCCUACAUCGGACCGACAAAUAUUUGGAAUUUCGCGAUAUUUUUUGGAAUUGUUACAGGUUUCGGAUUGUGUUUCUGCUACAAUUCGGGCAUUGUUAUUGUCACUUAUUACUUCGAAAAGAAACGAGCGCUCGCUACAGCGUUGGCUGUUUGUGGAUCUGGAGCUGGGACUUUCAUCUUUCCACCAUUAAUCGAACUGGUUUUGACAAAGGGCGGUUUCUGGUCGACUAUCGUUUGUUAUGGCUUUUUCUUUAUGCUAUUGAUCAUUUUGGGAAUCGUGAUGAAAGAUGUGGAAUGGCCAAAUGAAACCCAGGAAUACAAGAAAAAGAAAUUUCUGAGAAAACUGGACAAAAUGAAAGAGGAUCGAGAAAGUGUCAGGAAUGCUGAUCUAGUUGGAUUCAAUGCACUGUUGCCGAUUCGUGAAUCCGCCUAUGCUGAACCGAGAAGAGCUCUCAGCCUGCCGGUCAUUCCAAGUUUUGCCGAUGACUAUCUCCGAAAAAUCGAACAAUCAUCUUCAAUUCUGUCAAUUCGACAAGCGGUGCUCUCAUUGCAAGACAGCGUCGCUCGAUCGAAGUCCUUUGGAAUGUUUCGAAGCCCUGCGCCGAGAGUUCUGCCCACAGUUCCCGAGUACAGCAUGUUGAAUACGAAAUUGGAGCAUUUGGAUCUUCAGACCUCUCACUCUCCCAAUGCAACGGUGACUUCAAAGAGCCGAGUGAGAAUGUAUUCGAAUUGCAGCAUGUCAAUGGAUGCUCUCGAUCAAAUCGAGCAACGACAAGCAUUGGCCGAUGAAGAGUCUUCAUCUAGUGACUCCGAGCUAUCCAAUGAUGGUGAUUCUUCCAGCUCUGAACUCUCCGACAAGAUUUUGACGAAAAGAUCAAAUCAGCCAAAAGAGGUCUCAAUCAUUGCACCAGCCACAAAUGGACCGGCCACCCUUUUGACAAUCGAGAGCGGACCUCCUCCACCAAAGCCAAUUUUGAAGAAAAAUCUCCCACAAACAAUCACGCAAUCAGCGAGAGGAAUGAGGACUUCAAUGGGAGGAUUCACGCACAGUCGAGUCCCAGCUAGCAAUGCAACUGGAUUGAGAUAUGUGGCCCUUCGUGAGCCAAUGUUCCGAACUCUUCAAACCAAAGUCCCAUCAGCGCCGACUCUUUUCGUGAAGAAAAAGAAGAAGAGAACGUUGAGAGAAGUGCUACAUUUGAAACAGCUCAUUUCAACGGUAAAGGAUACAUCUUUGGAGUACUGGAGACUGGCCACCGAUCUCCGUUUCACUGCCUACAACAUCUCGAUCUUCUUGUUGUACAUGUUCUAUGACAUUCCCUAUGUGAACUGGCCUGAAUUCACGAAUGAACACCUAGGAGUACCGCUGAAUGAGACUUCUUGGCUUGUCUCCGGCAUUGGACUUUUCAAUCUCAUCUCAAUGGUCAUUUGUGGGAUUGUUUGUGACACACCAUGGGCUAGAAAGAACCUCUUCAUGAUGUAUGGUGUGAUGAUCAGUCUAUGUGGUGGAUGUCUUGUGGCUUCAACACUUGUCACAACCUAUAUGGGAAUGCUGGUAACUUCAUUGCUCUAUGGUUUCUUUAUUGCCGCCAAUUACGUCUUGGCUUCUGUUCUCCUCUGCGAACUUCUUCAUGUCUCCGAUUUUCAAAAUGGUUACGGAUUUUUGUCGAUGGCGCAAGGACUUGGAAACUUGAUUGGUCCAGCGCUAGUUGGAUGGGUUCGAGAUAUCUCACAAAGCUACCAAUAUAUGUUCCUUGUCGGUGCAGUGGGCAUGAUUCUAUCAGGAGUGAUUGUGGCGGCCAUUCAUUUCACGUUGGAAGAUGAUGACGAAAGUAGCAGUGAAGGGAACUCAGCUACCACAAAAAAGGCUUCAAAGAAAUCCUCUGUGGUCGAUUCUCCUGUCACCGAACAAUUGCUAUCAAAGAAUGGUCAUUUC